AAGAGAGAGAAUGACGGUGUGGGGCCGGGAGGUGCGCAGCAGCGAUGCAGCCUGCGUGGGGCUGAUGUCCCCCCGACCCCGGGGAGCCCCACGGUGCAGCCAGGCAGCAGCAUCCCGAAACUGAGGGCACGUGGAGAAGGACCCCACUGUGAGCCAUGGCUGAGCAGCGCGUGGGCUCCAGGGGUCGGCGCAUGGGAUCCAGCCGGCGGCGGCAGCUCCGUAGGGAUGCGGGUGAAGAGCCACCGUGGGCAGCAGCUGUGAUGCAGAGAGUCCAGGAUGUCAUCCAGGAGCAGCAUGGGGGCACGGAGGGGUUCAUCACUCGUGCAGAUAUGCAGAAACUGCAGGAGGAGAUUAUCCCGUGCAGCACAGAGGAGCUGGAGCUGCUCUUUGAUGGGAUGGAUGCUGCUGGCACCGGGCAGCUGAGCACUGAGGAGUUCAGUGCUGGGCUCCGGCAGUUCCUGAGUUCCCAAAAAGUCAGCAAGGAGCAUCGGCGGCGGAAAGCAGCGUCACGGAGGAGCUGCCUGGUCCUCGCCAGCCCCACGUGGGAAGGGAUGGACAGCGAGGAGAAGAAACACUUUGCAGCCUUCAUGGAGCAACUGGGAGUGGAUGACAGACGGGAAGAGCAAGAGAUCUGGCAGCUCUGGGCCAAGCUGAGGGAGGACGAGCCCCAACUCCUGGGCAACUUGGAGGAUUUCCUGGCCAAGAUGAGGCACCGCAUCCAAGAAGCCCGGAGCAAGAAGGAGGCCUUGGAGGAGGCCCUCAACAAACGCGUGGCUGAGCACAAACAGGAGGUGCAGCAGCUCUGCGAAGCCCUGGAGCAGCAGAUCCAAGAGGAGAGGCAGCGAAUGGAGCAGGAGAGCUCAGCCCGGAGCCGCCUGCAUUGCCAAGUGCUGCAGCGAGCUCUGGAUGCCAGAGACAGGGAGGUGCAGCGCUUGCUUGCAGCACAGGAGGAGCUGGAAGCGCAGUGCUGCAAUCUCAGCAGCACACAGCGAGCUGCCAGUGCUGAGAAUCGACAGCUGGAGGAGAACAACCGGGCGCUGGAGGAGCAGCUGCAGCACAUCCAUGCACAGCUGCAGCAGAGCCACGAGUGCCUGCAGGCUGCCAUGGCUCAGCAGCGGGCAGAGAAACCACGGGAUGAAGUGGAGGCAGAGCUGCCCAGUGAGACACUGCCAUCCCCGCAGGUACAGCAGAUAAGCCCAGAGCAGCAGUUGUCGGAGAUGCACGUCAGGUUGGGCUCCCAGGGCAGCGAACCCAAACACAGAAGCACCCACCACGUGGUUUGGGAAAAGCCAGCAGCAGACACAAACACAUCACGACUGCUCUCUGUAGAAGAGGAUCCCUUCCCCGAAUUUCUGAAAGAGGAACGGUUUUCUGGCCAAGGCUCUUUGCUAAGAGAGAUGAAUGAUGCAAUAGCAGCUCUGAGCAGGCAGAAGCUGCAACCCCUGGGAGAUGCUGCUCACUGCCCACACGAUGAUGCUGAGCCCCAAACAGGACCACCUGGCUCAGCCCCACCAGAGACCCACAUCAGUCACAAGGUGUUGGAAGAAGACCCAAGAGAGGGACGAGCUGCAGCUGAGCUUCGUGCUGGGGACAGGACACAAGCUGGUGCGUCUGCAGGAGCUCAGGAGGAGGGGGCAGCUCAGGGAUACAGCGUGGAGAGAGCAGGGCAGAGCCUGGAGCAGAUGGAAAGGGUGUUGUCUGUGCAGGGAAGGGGUGCUGGUGGGGAGCAGCAGGUGCUAAAAGAGGUUGAGAGCCCACAAGAGGCACUGGGAGAGAGCACAGAGGUAGGUGAGCAGGCACGGGUGGGGUUGGAGGGAGAAGGAUGGGUGCAGGGAAAGAUGAAGUGGGAAAAGAUGCAGAUCCUAGGAGAAGGAGAAAAUUUGGAGGCAGUCCUCAAAGGUCGGGAGGUGGAGCUCCCAGUGGGCAGCUUUGCCACCGAUGUGCUUCAGGUGCCAGGAGAGCAGCUGGAGCCACAGGUGCCAGGAUGGGUUGAGGUGCAAAUGGCAGCAGUGAGAGAAGCUCCCAACCCUAAAAAAGUGGAUGGAGAGGAUAGUGGUGCAGUAGGGAACUGCUGGGGAAAGGUGGAAAGGACUGAGCUGCAGCCCCUGAGUGUGGAUGAUGACCUGGGUACAGAGCAGGUGGAGAACGUGGGACUAGAUGUGCAACUGCUGGAGGAGGCUGAUAGAGCAGAGCCAGGGCUGGAGGGGGGAGCUGGGGCUGCUGCAGUGCUUGGUGAUGGGCUUUCCACAGCAGAAAUCCCUGCAGGGAGCCCAGCUGAUGGGCUGGUCCUGGUCAGUGCUCAGGGACUGGAAAUGGAAGAGGCAGAAGACUCUCCAGCAGAGACUCUGCAUGGGAUUCCCAGCCCAGAACCCCUGAGGGGUGGAUUGGAUGACACAGCCAUGCAUCUCAGGGAGGAUGCUGAGGAUGUGGGACAAGAACUGACUGAGCCUGGGCUGCUCAAUCAGACUGUGUGUGACCUGCAGGAAGCAGAGGCUGGGCAGGCAGAGGAGGCUACUAUAGAGCUGUCAGCCCAGGAAAAGGCUGGAAGCCUGGAGCUGCUGGAGGCCCCGAGCAGUGAUCCCCAUGUGCAGCUAAUUGCAAAGCUGGGGGAGGUUAAAGAAAGCCUGGAGGCAGAGCUGCAACUCCUGAGUUUAGUUGAUGACCUGGGUACAGAGCAGGCAGAGAGUGUGGAGCCAGAUGUGCAACUGCUGGAGGAGGCUGAUAGAGCAGAGCCAGGGCUGGAGGGGGGAGCUGGGGCUGCUGCAGUGCUUGGUGAGGGGCUUCCCCCAGCAGAAAUCCCUGCUGUGAGUCCAGCUCAGGUGCUGGAAAUGGAAGAGGCAGAAGACUCUCCAGCAGAGACUCUGCUGCAUGGGAUUCCCAGCCCAGAACCCCUGAGGGAUGGAUUGGAUGACACAGCCACACAUCUCAGGGAGGAUGCUGAGGAUGUGGGACAAGAACUGACUGAGCCUGGGCUGCUCAAACAGACUGUGUGUGAAAUGCAGGGAGCAGGAGCCAGGCAGGCAGAGGGGGCUGCUGUAGAGCUGUCACCCCAGGAGGAGUCUGGAAGCCUGGAGCUCCUGAAGGGUCUGAGUGGUGAUUCCCAUGUGCAGCUGCUUGCAGAGCUGAAGGAGAUCAAAGGGAGCCUGGAGGCAGAGCUGCAACCUCUGUACCCAGGUCACCAGCCACACUCAGAGCAGGGAGAGAGCGUGGAGCCAGAGGUGCAACUGGUAGGUGAGGUCAGUAAACAAGAGUUAAUAGAAAUGGAGGGGGAAGAGGAAUCUCAGGUGGACACGCAGCUGCAGUGGGGUCCCAGUCAAGAAGUGCCAUUGGGAGGGGGAGGCCAUACAGCUGCGCAGCUCACACAGGAGGUUGAGCAUGAGAGACAAGAUGUACAGCACUUCAAAGGAGAGAGGGAGAUGGAAGCGGUGCAGGAAGAGGGCACUGAUAAGGAUGAGCUGGUCCUGGUCAGUGCUCAGGGACUGGAAAUGGAGAAGGCAGAGGACUCUCCAGCAGAGACUCUGCUGCAUGGGAUUCCCAGCCCAGAAACCCCGAGGGAUGGAUUGGAUGACACAGCCAUGCAUCUCAGGGAGGAUGCUGAGGAUGUGGGACAAGAACUGACUGAGCCUGGGCUGCUCAAUCAGAGUGUGUGUGACCUGCAGGAAGCAGAAGCUGGGCAGGCAGAGGAGGCUACUGUAGAGCUGUCAGCCCAGGAAAAGGCUGGAAGCCUGGAGCUGCUGGAGGCCGCGAGCAGUGAUCCCCAUGUGCAGCUAAUUGCAAAGCUGGGGGAGGUUAAAGAGAGCCUGGAGGCAGAGCUGCAACUCCUGAGUUUAGUUGAUGACCUGGGUACAGAGCAGGCAGAGAGUGUGGGGCCAGAUGUGCAACUGCUGGAGGAGGCUGAUAGAGCAGAGCCAGGGCUGGAGGAGGGAGCUGGGGCUGCUGCAGUGCUUGGUGAGGGGCUUCCCCCAGCAGAAAUCCCUGCUGGGAGUCCAGCUCCAGGUGGGAUGGUACUGGUUAGUGCUCAGGAGCUGGAAGGAAAAGAGGCAGAGUCACUUGUGCAGCUGGAGGAGCUCACGUUAUCCCAUGGAGAGAGCAUUGGGGCUGAUGGGAAUCCCCUGUGUGCAUCAGGGCUGUGGGAAGGGGCAGAGAGCCCAGCUGUGGCUCUAGAAGCAGCUCUGUGCAUGGCUGACAACACAGACGUGUGGGAUAGGAAUGUUGAGCCUGCCGUGCAUCCUGAGUAUGCUGCUGCUGCUGAGCAUGCUCAUCCAGAGGCAGGGCUGGUAGCAGUCAGUGGUCCAGAUGAGCAAAUCCUGGAAGAAACCCAGAAAGAGAGUGCUGAUGCAGAGGGGAGGCCUCUGGAUGGAGCUCGAGGUCUGGAAGUGGUGCAGGGAGCGAGGCUAGAGGCAGAGGCAAGGAUUUUAGUUGGAGCUCAGCAUUUGGAACUAAAGCAGGGCCAUGAUGCCAGUGCAGCCACACUUGCUUCUCCUGUCUCCGAGGUACCGUUACAAAUCAGUGCGCUAAGUCUGGAUGCGAUGAUGCAGGAGGAUGUUCUCAUUCCAGAUAUGCAGCGGCUAGGUGCUUCGGGACAGGCAGCCCAGAGGCAGCUCCAGGAGCAGGUCUCAGCACAGGCAGAUAAGGGGAGGCUUCACACUGCUCCCCGGCAGCCACAGAAGCCACCAGGCGUGACGGAAGCAGAACAAGCAGCUGCUGGACCUGCUGAGACUGCAAAACAAGAAGUGCCACCAGCAUCAUCCCUUCACACACGGAUCCUCCAAGGGGAAGAUGCUGUGAAGGAUCUCUCAGGGAUGGCCCUCGGGGACAGCUUACUGGUGGAGGCGGUCAGCAGUGGGGCACAGUUCUCAGGAGAGCAGAGAGAAGAGCUUGAUGUGGAGAAGAAACAAGAGAUGGAGAAGAAAAUGAGCCCAGGAGGUGAGCCCAGCCCUGGAGAGCCAGAGGCUGUGACUGUGAAUGGAGAAGGAGCUGCCCCAAAGGGCUCUCUGGAGCCGGACCACCUCUACAACGUGCUGUUUGUUGGGGACUCCCAUGUGGGCAAAACAUCCUUUCUGUACCGACUGCAUGCUGACACCUUCAACCCGCACCUCGCUGCCACAGUAGGGCUGGAUUAUCAGAUCAAAAACCUCGUGGUGGACAACAAGCGCUUCGCCCUCCGCCUGUGGGACUCAGCUGGGCAGGAAAGGUAUCACAGUGUCACCAAGCAGUUCUUCCGGAAGGCAGACGGGGUGGUGCUGAUGUACGAUGUCACAUCGCAGUACUCCUUCGCCGAUGUGCACUACUGGCUCAGCUGCAUCCAGGAGGGAGCAGAAGAUGGAGUCACGGUUCUGCUACUGGGGAACAAAACAGACUGUGCUGCAGAGAGGCAGGUUCCUACGCAGGAGGGGGAACGCCUGGCUCAGGAGCAUCAGCUCUUGUUUUAUGAAUGCAGCGCUGCCUCCGGCCACAACGUCACUGAGUCCAUCGUCAGCCUGGUCAGGGCACUCAAAGUUUGUGAAGAUCAAUUGAGAAAUAAGGCAGAAGAGGAACCAAAGCUGCCUCAGAAGAAAAAAGGAUGCUGCUGGUGAUGGCGAAAGUCUUUGCUGUGGUCUGAACCUGCAAUGGCAGCCAGAAAAGCAACUGGAAAUGAGCAGAGACCACAGGAUGACUGCUCGGAGAAAUCAGGGUUAUGAAUUCCACCAAGGAGGGUGUGAUAUUGCAGUGACAGCAGCUGAAGAAGCAACGUUAGCUCCAGCAGCUCUCUUAGACACGUGCAUCUCCUUUGCAACUCAGUGCCUCAGCACCUCUGUGUCACCAGAGCCUCCAUCCCCUACCUGGCUGCUCCCACCCCAUCCCUCUGCCACCGCCUGUUCUCCCUUGGCCCUAAUCCUCGAAGGACCUUUUUUGCUUGAUGCAAUAUAGGCUCCCAUGCACUCCAUGGCAAUCCCCUUCUGCCACAUUUUGUUAUAAAAUGAUUUUAUUACUGGGUGUGUUAUGGGGCUGGCUUGAACAACUCAGGAAGAACUUUCAUGGCUCAGCUCAGGGCUGAGGCCGGACUCGAUAUUCAGGAUACCCACAGCAGGAUUUUUUUUUUUUUUUGUGCCCAUCUUCACUAUUUCUGCUUUGUUGUCUUAUCUUAAAGCAAUAUAAUCCCAAGCACCUUUUGCAAGUCUGGUCAAUGAUGAGAGGAGCAUCAUUCCAGCCUGGCCAGCUCAAAUGGGCACCUCUCACUGGCUCUGCAUGACCCCCCUGCAGAGCUGCCCGUGCACCGAAGCCCUUCAGCAGAUCUGCUUUUCCCCUUCCCUAAAUUUGCUGGGAUUAUGAGCAGCAGAUGCUGCCUGUCCUGUGCAAUCCCACUGCCGCUCCACAAGCAAUUUUAUUUGCUCGCAAAAGUGUAAGGAGCUGAGCCUUAAUUCCCCCGUUAGAUGGCAGCAAAUGCGGCUAUACCUUCAUUGCUGUUCCAAGCAAAGAACAGCAGGGCCUGAAAGUGAUCUGCAAAAGAAAAAGCUUCGCAGAGCAGCAGACAGAAAGAAACGUCUGUUCUCUUGGAAAUCAUGUCUGUAGAAGAAGACUGAAUCUGUGCCUGGACGUGUUGCAAGGCAGUAAAGCAGGUUGGAAAACA